AUGAGGCAUCGUAAAAGUCACGCAUCUCAAUGGGACGGCUUUCGACUCCAAGAUCCGAAAACUCAUUUGGCCUUAAAAGAUUUGAAAAAAGGUGAUUCAGUUCAAAUUCAAAUGCGACUCAUCUCCUUUGUUUCAUUAUUCUUCUCAUUGGAGUUGGGAUUGGGAAUAAAAUGGUUGUAAGUUUAUCCAAACUGUGACUACGGUAUUUACUUUCUAUAGAGCAUUACAUAAACUGGACCAACCAUGGAUAAGUGAAUAUGAUUGUCCAUCAAACAAGACGGAAAGAAGGCACUACGGCCUUGUCGUUCAUCAGGUAGUGCAACUUCCUUUAGUUUUUUUUUUCAAUUUAUACUGGAUUGUUUCAUGUUUACGUAACUUGAUUUGUUUCAGUCCCGAAUGUGUAAACGUUUUCCGGAACUAAUGCCAAUAAUAACCCGAGCAGCCCAACUUUCCGUCGACAUUUGCCAAUCCAUAUUUGGCGAUGCCCGUUGGAAUUGCACUUCUGUUACUCUCGCCCCCGAAUUGAAGGCAGAUCUAACGAAAGGGAAGGCGUGUUUUUGUGGCUCAGUCGGUAGUGAGCCAGUCCCGCCUCCAAAAGGUUGCGGGUUCGAGGCUCAAUGAAGAUAACCUUUCCCCUUCUGUAACGCUGUGAUGAAAUUAGUAUACGCUGUCGAAAAUAUACUUGACGAGGGCAUCGCUUACCUUUUGCCAAAUUUUUUUGAACUAGAUUCUGAUCAAAAUUAAAUGAAAAUCUGUUUUUGUGUAACCUCUUGAUUUUAGGAACGAAAGAGCAAGCAUUUGUCUACGCUUUGUCUGCCGCUUCCGUUACUCAUCAAGUGGCCAAGGCAUGUGCAUCUGGGGCCCUUAAAUAUUGUCCUUGUGGAUAUGCAGAGACAACGAUGACCGCUGGAACAGCAUUACCGGAUGCAUACAAAGUAAGGAGAAGCUAGCAGAAGUUGAUGGAACGGUUUCAGUGGAAAGGAUGCUCGGAUAAUGUUGCUUAUGGAAGAAGAAUCUCCACAGAUUGGGCCGACGCUCUUUGGAAACAUUCAAGUUUCAAAAAGCGAAAAGUCAAUGAAGCCGAGCCGACAACAGCACCAAGCGUGCAAAGUAUAUUGGAGUUCGACGAGGAACAUCUGAACGAAGAUCCAGAGCCUGAACCAGCAAUCCAAACAAAAGGAGGACCAAGGGCCAGAAUGAAUCAGCAUAACAACAAUGUUGGAAGAACGGUCACCCAGAAGAGCCUCUUUCGGAAAUGUAAAUGUCACGGAGUCUCCAGUGGUUGUGAAAUCCAGACAUGUUGGUAUUCUCUUCCACCUCUGGAAAACAUAGCCAAAUCUUUGAAGGAAAGAUAUAAUUUCGCGCAGAUCAACCAUGGUCCUGACCCGACGGGAUCCAAGGGCGAUUCGAGGUCAACAAGAGUGUCAAUGUUGAUACCAGAAUUAGUAAGUAUCAGUAUAAAGGUUAAACUUCAAUUGUAGAUGUUCGUCAAGACAUCUCCCACCUAUUGCGAGGAAGAUAUCGAAAAUGGAUCAUUCGGAACAAGGGGAAGGUAUCUUUUUUUGCUGCCUAUACCUUCCAUAAAACACUAAAUAAACUAAAUUUGCUUCAGAGAAUGUAAUGUUACAAUCGCUGGAACAGGAAAUUGCGAGAACUUAUGUUGCGGUCGAGGAUUCAACACCAAACAAUUUACAGUUGAAGAACAAUGCAAAUGUAAAUACGUUCACUGCUGUUAUAUAAAAUGCAAAACAUGUACUUCCAUUGUGGACAGACAUUUUUGCAAAUAA